AUGUUUGCGCUGAGGGUGGGAACAUACACUUUCUCUUAUAGCCCAAAUAGUGCUAAUAUUGAUACCAUGGAUGGACUCGAUGGACAAAAUACAACGGAGAAGAGUUGCGACCAUGAUAAAGAGGCCUCCACAGAGCAAGAGCCCAAUGACCAUCUUUCUAAAUACAAUGCAUUAGCUUCAUCGAUAGCAUAUCUGGAAUAUGGGGAAGAACUUGCCGUGCUAGUGGUAUCCGAACUCUUACCAGAAGAGGUAAUGGGAUCGAAAGAAGAAGCAUGUCCGUGCUAUGUGAUUCUCAGCUUGGAUUCUUUCUUCAUUAACCGGAAUACUUACAGCAGAUUCGUUGUUGCUACUGUAAUGUAG